AUGCCAUUGCCAUUCAAUGCCUGGUCUUCAUCGUCGAAAGGUACUAGGUUCCCCACGCCAGUAUUGGGCGGCUCAACGUCUGGUUCGAUGUCGGAGAGCCCAAAGGAAGCCAUGAUCGCAGUCAUGGGCGAACAAGAAUGUAUGAAGUCAGCUUUCGUCCAGUUGUGCACUGAAUCCGCCUUUUCAUCCGACAUGAACGAGUCUGAAUCCGAUGCGGGAUCGUGCACAAUUGUGCAGACGAGUGUUUCGAGACAACAAGUUACUCUCGUCAUCCUACCUAAACUCAACAGUGGUAAGAACCCUCACUCUGAUGUCCAAAGUUUCAAGACAAUAGCGAACACUGUGACGCAAUUAUAUAAAGACAACCGCCGCUUGAACGGAAUGGUUUACAUCUCUAACGCGACAACCGAGAUCCGGAAACGCGACGUCUCUUUGUUUGAGCUACUCUGCGGCAAGGAUUUCAUGCAGAAUGUGAUUCUCGUCUCCGUGGGAUGGGGGUUAGGUAUCGGGAAAAAGUCAACUCUUGGCGAGCGCACCACGGAAUCUACAUGGCCGCAGUUCAAGAAUAUCAUGGACAAUGGCGGGCAAGAAAUACGGCUGCAUAACACGUCUUCGUCUGCACGCGACAUUCUCAAGCGACUCAUCCGCAAGCAACCACGAACUCUCCAGAUACAGCGCGAGCUGGUCGACGACCAGAAGAACAUUUGGCAGACAGUCAUGGGGGCAGCCCUAAAACGUGAACUAGAAGAAUUAUCAAAGAUGUAUGCCGAUGUUUACAUGCAAGCGCAGGGUGAGUCGCCACAAUCAUCCGAGGAUAUGAAGAAGAUGCAGAUGCAGAUGGGUUCACGACAGUCAAAUCGCGAGAUAAGACAGCUAGCAGAUAUCAACAUGUCAAUCGAAGAUGUGACCGCGAAUACGAUGCGAAUGGGGGUAGGAUCGCAGCAGCUAAUCCAUCAAGCUCAGAGGCCACUAGAAAUCAAGACGUACUCUGAUGCAACAUCAAGGGCGCCUGACCUAAUGCAGGUGGAACAUACGCAGGUAACUCGCCAAGCAGAACGAUCAGCAGACAUCGAAAUGGCUGUCGUCGAUGCAAGUGCGAGGAACUCGCGAGCACAGUUCACACGCCCAGCGGCGCAAUCCAUGGACAUUAAGAUCCUAGGCGGCGAUGACGAAAGCCGUGGAUCCCGCCGGCGCAAGUCAGAUUCAGAGCAUGAAUACCCCGAAUCCAAACGUCUCCAACUCGUGAAAAAUGAGGAUGAUACUUGGGGCAGUCGCUCAGCAUCGUCAGAACCAGCCGGCAGAAAACAUUUGUCUGUCGCGUCACGGGUGAACCAUCCGGUUGCCCCCACUCCUACCAACACUCCACAAUCAACUCAGAUGCCGUCCACACCUUCGCCCAUCUGGUUCUAUCACAAGCAUGAUCCAUACUAUGGAUUUACGAACUUUUCUCCUCAUCCAGUGGAUUACAAUGGGAAGUCGUACCCGACCAGCGAGCAUCUGUUCCAAUCGUUUAAAUUCAUGGAACACAGGCCGCUGCUCGCGGAGCAUAUCCGGACAUGUUCCGAUCGACCAAGCGUGGCUUUCUCGGAAGCUCGUCGUUUCAAUAACGAAGUGCGCAGCGAUUGGAUACAAGUGAAUAUACAGAAGAUGGAAGAGACCCUCAAGCUCAAAUUCACUCAACACGCCAAGCUACAAGCAGAGUUGCUUGAAACUGGGGAGGCGGAUUUGAUAGAGGCGAAUGCGUUCUGGGGCAUAGGGAAAGAUAAAAAGGGCGAAAAUCAGCUAGGAAAGGCGCUGGUGAGAUUGCGUACGCAGCUUCGCAAAGAGCUUCACAUCGCGCAUCCUUAA